AUGCUGCCAGCGAAUCCAGUUCCUGAAAUCAUCGAAUUUUGGGCCGAAAAGAACGACAAAAACGCCGGUCUUCUCACAACUGUUGAAAGUAUGGAUUUCAAAGACUGGAUUGCAUCGAGGGGUCCGCUGGAUGAGACAAAAUUAUUUAAGAAAAACAAUGACCUGUUGAAGAUGUGUUUAAACAAAACUUUCUUAUGGCAAGAUCGUCCACAACGUUUUACACUGCUCGGCCAUAGCGGCACUACGCUGAAGAUGACAUCUGUUCUUGGAAAUGAUCCGAAAAAUUUGGAAGAACAAGUGAAAAGUUAUGUUUUCUUUAUUUUUUUGGUGAUGUUAUCCUUUCAUGAAAAAUUAGCAAAAUCGAAAAAAAAGCAUUGUUUCUGUCACGUUAUUAGAAGGGAAAAAUGUUAA